AUGAGCUCCCUGAGCGACGACGACAUCGAGAAGCUCUUCUCGGGCGCGCCACAGUACUUUGCCCGUAGCGAGAGCCACUUCCACGGCGCACCCCAUCCCAGCGUCGCCUUCCCCUUUGAUGAGGAGCUCGAGAUUAGGGACUUGACGGAUCACGUCCCCAUCGCGGACAGGGCUUGGAGCGGCCUCACCGCCUGGCCCCAUCUCUCGAGGGACAUCAACCGCGAUGCCGCCGCCAAGACGCAGGCCGAGGAGCGGCACAAAGCCCACUUCCACAUCCGCUGUCGAGAGCGGCCCAACAUGCUCAGCAUGCAGGGGCUCGAAAAGGGCACCAUGGGCUACCAGGCUGCCCUAGAGCUCUCGACGGCCGACUCGCUCGAGGAGGAGCAGUUUGGCUUCCAGAGCGUCGGCACAAAGGCCCGCGUCAUUGUCGACGCUCGUGAGCGCAUCUUGUCCAGUCACGGCUGGCUGCGCCGCCUGCCCGAGUCGGAGCUUCUCGAAAGACUGCGGCGAAACGGGGAGCUGUACCGGAGCAAUGAUCUGCGUGCCCGCCCCUCAACCGACACGUACCAGGAUCUCUUCCACACCCUGAUGAGGCCCUACAGCACGGCCAUAGACAAGACGGACCAGUAUGGGCUUCCUAAUCAAAUUGUCGCACUCCUCAAGUGCCUCGGCACCGCCAAUGUUUGGAUCGACCUUGGCCGCGUCGAGUGGCGCAUCCGGCUUGGGCAGGUCUUGUGGGGAGACGAGGCCGACGAUGAGCUUGACGAUGCUACCGCCAUCCACGAUGCCGACAACGCCAGCGAGCGUGCCGAGGAAAAGUACUGGCUGUUCAUGCAGAUCUUGGUGGCGACGGAGCUGCUCCUCCGCCUGGAUGCCAUCACAGAGGGCGUCGAGGGCCGGCAUGGUCAGCGCCAAGUCGAUGGGCUCAUACGCUUUGCGACGAACCUGAUGUGGCCCGGCAUCGACAGGUAUGAGGCCAGGAUAUCGGAAAACGCCCGCCAUGCGGUUGACGACGGGCCCACGCGUCGCCCGCGCUCGACUUCCACCACGGCCAAGCAGGCCGCCUACCCUGGGGCGUGGGAUCUCGCGUGCCGUCACGGCGAAAACAAGCAGAGUGCGCAGACCCAAAGACGGAAGCUGGCGGCCGCACUGCACGAAUCGGGAUGGCUCACAAAAUCUUACGUCUACGGGUUGGCCAUCCCGGGCGAAGCCAUGUGCCACUACCUCAUGGCGACACUUCUGGAGAACGAUGACGAGGCUCUGGCCAAGCUGGGGCCGUGUGCCAACUUGUCUGGGGGAUUCGUGUACGCUGGCAAGAGCUUCUGGAGCACAGCCUGCAUUGUCGGCCGAGUGCUUGCGGCCGGUGAGGGAGCCGCCGAGUGCAUGGGGUGGAUAUCGACCGACAUUGUCCCUCGGGGGAUGAGUGAUGGGUGGCUCGGCAUCGAGGUGCAAGACGUUGCUGAUGACGUUGCUCAAUUAGGGAAGAAAGCCAGGCUAUGGGGUAAGAGGAAGCUCGAGCGCGAGUCGUCCAUCCUUGGCGGCGCAAAGGAGGACUCGGUCCUCCCGGCCGACUUCAUCAUCCCCCACGAGAACGCUUACUCGACGUGGCCUCCGGGCCUCGUCAUCAAGUUGCUGUCUCUAGAACUCUCGUCGCCGGCGGAAUCCGUGCCUGCCACGCCUCUCAGCGAAAUCGUCGCGACGCCGGUUGCCGAGACUUGUGGCGGGGCCCCCGAGAUACUGUCCUAUCCGGCGAGCGCCAAGUUCCUGGUGUCGGUGGAUGGCGGGAGCGAGGAGGAGCGGACGUAUCGCUUGGCCUACGACAUAAGCUUUGUCACGGCGCAUCCCUGCGCGCCAUCGCACCGCGUCAGGAUGCUCAAGUCGCCGUACAGCCCGACUGUGCAGAAGAUUGAUGUCUGGGGAUCGGACUCGCUGGGCAAGGGCUCGCGCUCUGCGUACAUGACGGGCCACCCGCUGCACAAGUAUUUCAAGUACUCGGUCAUCCACCUGUCGGAGCUGAUUCAGAAGCCGCGGGCGACGCUGGCCGAGUUCCUGGCCGACGCGUGCCUCGGCAAGGCGCCUAACAGCCGGGUGCUGGUCGUCGACUGCAUCACCAACCUGGGAGGCGGCGAGGCACCGCAGUCACCGGCGCUGGAGCGCGUGAGCUCAUGGCCGCCGGAGUCGUCGGUGGCGGAGCGCAAGGGCAGCUUCUCGGCGACGGCGCAGAUGUAUCUCGAGUCGCAGACGCGGCAGUUUGGGUCCGACAUGGAGGUGCUGUACAUAACUUACUACCUAAGCCACUUUCAGCUGAGCAAGCAACAAAUCAACCACAGCUUCAUCCUUGGUUGCCACGCAGUCCCCACGACGGUCGAGCAGAGCAGCAAAACCAUGGCGCCCGGCAAGGACAUGCGGCGGCCCGACCUGAUCAUCCCGUAUCAGGAGCCGACGGCCUCAAGCGACAAGGCCGACUUUUCGUCUACGAUAUCCUCGACGAUGCCCAUGGCUGCCAUGUUUACGCGAAACAAAUACGUUGGAUGGGCUGCCGUCGUCUUCUCGAUCCAGGCCUGGCUCGGUGAGGGCGAGGACGCCCGGAAAGCGUCGAGCACGCCGAGCUACUUUUCGGUGCUCAUGUCGGUCAUGGCCCUCGGGGUCACGUAUAUGCCGCUCUUUCUGCCGCAGCAGACGGGACUGGCUGGGACCAGCACCGAGGCGCCUGCGCCGGCUCCUCCUCCGCAGUGA